CAGGAUUCUUAACCCACUGUGUGAGGCUGGGGAUCAGACCUGCAUCCUUAUGGACACUAUGUCGGGUUCUUAACCCGCUGAGCCACACUCCUAAAGAGUAUUCUUUGUGCAGACUGAUUCAUUCCUUGGGUAACAGAGGCUUGGGAGUUGGGCACGUAUAGGUCUCAGUACACUUAAAGUUAUGUGACUUUUGAGAAGUUAUUCAGUUUCAGUUUCCUGAUCUGUAAAAUGGGGCUAGUAUUAGUGAUCUUAAAAAGUUGAUAUGAGGAUUGAGAUAAUGCAUGCAUAAUCCUUAUUACUGAGCCUAGUAAUUAAGUAUGUAUUUAAUAAAUGGUAAGUAUUAUUAUUUAUUAAGAGGGCCUACUGUUGCAGUUUUCUGUUGCCAGAUAAUCAGUCAAACCUAAUGGUGUAAAAUAGCAAUCAUUUACUCUCUCUCCUGGUUUUAAUGCCUUAGGAAUUUGGUAAGACUUUGGCUUGGCUCUUCUGGCUGACGUCUUUAAUUUAGUUGUAAUCACAUGGCAGCUGGACUUGAGACAGGAAGGGCCAAAGCAGCUGGGACAGAUGGGGUAGGUGAGGAGGGAAUCUCUGUGUAGUCUCAGAACCUCCCUACAUGGUCUAUUUCAUGGUCUAGUUUGUGAUUCCUUCAGGGAGUUGGACUUCUACCAUAAUAGCUGAAGGUUUUAAGAGCAAAUAGGGAGCAAGGUAGAAUCUGUAUCACCUUUUAUAAUCUAACCUCAGAAAUUACAGUGUCACUUUUGCUUUAUUGUUUAGGUUAAAACAUUUCCAGAAGCCCACUCAGUUUUUAGGAGAGGAAACAUUGAUUGCAUUGUUGCGAGGAGUGAGAUUAACCCUUCCUGGAAGAAUUGUAGAAAAUGGAAGAGAGCAGGGAUCCUAUGAUGCAGAUAAAGGAAUUUUUACCAUUCGAUUGCCUAAAGAAACUCCUGGCCAGCAUUUUGAAGGGCUGAAUAUGUUAACUGCUCUGCUGGCACCAAGAAAGUCGAGGACUGCAAAACUACUUGUUGAAGAAAUAGGUGUUUCUGAGGUUUCUGAGGAAGGAGUAGAAGAUGACGAUGAAGAGUUUGAUUGGGAAAUUGAACAGUCCCCCUAUGAAGAGGUACCCGAAAGUGCUCUGAAUCCAGAGUGCCGCUAUGGAUUUGGAAACUUACGAUCAGGGGUGUUUCAGCGGUUACAGGAUGAAUUGAGUGAGGUUAUCGAUAUUAAGGAUCCAGAUUUCACUCCUGCAGCUGAACGAAGGCAGAAACGCCUUGCUGCUGAGCUGGCCAAGUUUGAUCCUGAUCAUUAUCUAGCUGACUUUUUUGAAGAUGAGGCAGUUAAACAGGUUUUGGAGUAUAUUCCUUGGUGGACUGAUUUAUAUUCAAAAAUUAUGCCCUCUUCAAAAAGGAAUCAGGAGCCAGAAGAUUUUACUGCAUUAGUGUCUUUUUCUGAAGAAGAGAAAUAUCAGCUGCGAAAUUUUGUCAAUAAAUCUUACCUGCUAGACAAGAGAGCCCAUCGUCAGGUCUACUACAGUUUGAUAGAUAUCCUUCUGGCAUAUUGCUAUGAAACACGUGUCACUGAAGGAGAGAAGAAUGUUGAAUCUGCAUGGAAUAUCAGAAAACUGAGUCCAACGCUGUGCUGGUUUGAGACUUGGUCUAAUGUUCAUGAGAUCCUGGUGUCUUUUGGAAGACGAGUUUUGUGCUACCCACUUCACCGCCAUUUCAAGCUGGUGAUGGAAGCCUACAGAGACACUAUAAAGAUAUUGCAACUAGGUAAAAGUGCAGUUUUAAAGUGUCUACUGGACAUUCACAAAAUCUUUCAGGAAAACGAUCCAGCUUACAUUCUAAAUGAUCUCUACAUAUCUGACUACUGUGUGUGGAUUCAGAAAGCCAAGUCCAAAAAGCUGUCAGCUCUCGCAGACGCCUUAAGGGAAGCAUCCCUAACCAAGGCCCAGCUGGGAUUAGAACUGGAAGAACUGGAAGCAGCAGCACUUCUAGUCCAGGAGGAAGAAACUGCAUCAACAGCAGGAGCCCAGUCAGUUUCUGGGCAGCAGGAGGCUGCCUCCAGUUCUGACACAAGCGAUUCAGAGGAAUCAGACAGCACCUUCUCAUCUGAGACUGACGACUCAGACUCUGAAGAAGAGGAGCCCAGAGACAGUGAAUCUGGGGCAGUAAAUUCCUUGCUUGGUCCCUUUGUUGAGAACAGCCAUGCUGCCCUGCUCCUUGACAAUGGUUUGAUAUGCAGAGACAAGGCCCCUCCGAAGUCUGAUGUCUGUCAGGGACAGCUACCUGCCCCUUCCCUGGCUCCUGGAGCAUCUGGGCCCCUGAUCCAGGAGCUCGGAGAACAGCUGGAGACUACAGUUUACAUUUCCGAGCCUGAGGGCUCCACUGCUGGAAAGCAGGGCAGCAUUCAGGAGAAAGAUGGCCAGCAGACGUUAGAGGAUUGACUCUGCAUGGUUGCAUUAGGUUGUGUUGGUUUUUAUCAUUCAAUUAGAAUUCUUCACUUUCACUUUGUACUUCUUAAUAUCUAUAACAUUGUCAGUGAGUUAAUGUUGAUGCCUGUUGAGUUUCAUGUUGCACUUUUAAAAAUAAAGUUCUAAAGUUUUUUUGAACUAAAGUGCAAUUAGUAUUUGAAGAUGAAAAUAAUAGUUCUGUCAGAAUCUCUAGAAUGUAGAACCCAUUCAUAUUUUGAACUGCUUUCCCGAGAAACGCUGCACAUACCUAAAGUGGAUGGUGUGAGAAGUGCUGGAAAGGCAUGAAUGCCAAAUGAAACCAGUACAACCUCAAGAUGCUGUACUCAUCCCCUUUGUUACCCCUCUUCCACCCCUAACCCUGCAUGCCACCACCCCUAUUCCCCAGGCAAGCGUGAUCUGCUCUGUCACUGUACAAAACUUUGCAUUUCCUAGGAUUUAAUAUAAUUGAACUGUGUGACAUAUACUCUUCUUCUUCUUUUUUUUUUUUUUUUUUUCUUUUUUGGCUGGCCUGCAGCAUAUGGAGUUCCCAGGCCAGGGAUCAGAUCCCUACACCACAGCUGUGGCAACAUCAGAUCCUUAACCCAUUGUGCCAGGCCAGGGAUCAAACCUGUGUGUCCUGGCACUGCAGAGACACCAUCAAUCCUGUUGUACCACAGAGGGAACCCCCAUAUACUCUUCUUUAUCAGGCUUAUUUCAUUCAGUAAAUAUUGUGAGAUUCAUUGAUGGGGCAUGUAUCGAGGAUUUUUGUUUUUUUCCCAUAUCUGAGUGGUAUUUCAUUAAAUGGACAUUUGGGAUGUUUCCAGCUUUCAGGCUUCUUACAAAUAAAGCUGUUAUGAACAUUUGUGU